CCACACUAUCCGGAAUAAAUUUCAUGCCUUACAUUCUUGGUGUAGUAGUAUUCUCAAUCCUAGCAGGUCAAUUUUUCUCUCGAACUGAUAAAGUAUCAUAUCGAUUUGUAACUUUAGUUGCUGCUUCAUUAGCAAUAAUCGGUGCUGGUUUAACCACUAUGUGGAAUGAAAACACUGGAUACGGUGAAUUUAUAGGGUAUAUGGUAAUUGGUGGUGCUGGAAUCGGUAUAAGUAUCCAAUCUCUUAUAUUAUGUGUUCAAGGAUUGGUUGAGCAAAAGGAUAUAGCUUCUGCUACUACUUUAACAUUAUUCUUUAGAAGUAUUGGGGCUGUUUUUGGAAUUGCAAUAUCCCAAACAAUAUAUAAUAAUAAGCUUUCACAAGCAUUAAGUACAUUAACUUUACCUCCAACUUUUUCAACAAAUUCUGUAUAUACUAUAAGAUUAUUAUCACCUGAAGAACAGUCUUUAGUUAUUCACGCUUAU